AUGGAAUUAAACCGUUUAACCUAUACCUACGAAUACGUUUGCAACUUGAUUGAACAAGGAGUUAUCGUAGAUAUUGAUACUGUGGUUCCAGUCAUGGGUGGUUUAACGCUGCUUCAGAUCGCAACUUUCAACAAUGAUAAAAAAUUGGUGGAUUAUCUGCUUCGCAAGAAAGCUAAUGUACAUUCAAAAAGCCGAUACUGGGGUACAGCUCUUCAUACUGCUGUCAUAAUGAAGUACCUGCCUAUAACUGAGAGUCUAAUAAAUUAUGGGGCAGACGUUAAUGCUCGGGUACUUGUGGACCCUUAUGUGACUCGUUUCCGGUAUCCAGUUAACGAAAAUGAUGAAGAUAUUCCUGAGUUUUUAUUGAAAAGAGACGACGAUGUGAAUAGGACAUUGAUUCUUUAUGAAUUGUGUUUUGCCAAAUCACCAUUACAAAUUGCUGUUGAUCAAAGUAAAGAAGAAAUGGUGGAGCUACUUUUAAAAAGAACUUCUCUACAUUUUGCUGUCAAAUGCCUGAACACGGAAGCAGUAGAAUUGAUCCUUAAUGAUAGUAUGGUUGAUCAAAAUAUAGUGACAGUGUGUGAAAAUUCAGCGCUUCAUUACGCAAUUGAGUUCGCAACCGACGAUACGAUCAUUAGACAACUUCUAAAUGCUGGUAUUGAUAUCAAUUUAAUAAACAGUGAUGGUGAAACAGCUUUUACUUUAAAUCUUAAUAAUUCACCAAAAGUUAAUGACGCAAUUAUCGAACAUAUUGCAAAACUCAGUGCGGCGAAUUUUUAUAUCCAUAAACAAAAUUUGGCAAUCGUAAAUCAAGAACAAUUCGGUAAAUUACGCAUUCAGUGUUUAAGUGAAUUAGAAAAAAUGAAGAUAACAUAUGUUUGUACGAGCAAUGUUACAUAUUAUAAUGUUCUGUGCAAUAAAUGUGAGCACAAAUUGGCUGUUAGUUUAAAGUAUGUUAGUGAUAGUGAUAUUUUUGAUUUGGACAUUCCAUCUCUUUUUCCACUAUACGGUGGAAUGAUAAGUUAUCGUUUAAAAAAAGCAUUAGGACGAAAAAAAAUGUUAUUCAAAGCUAUUAGUUUAACUAACGAUAUUUUCGAUGAAAUCCAACUCCCAAUCAUGGGUGGUUUAACGCUGCUUCAGAUCGCAACUUUCAACAAUGAUAAAAAAUUGGUGGAUUAUCUGCUUCGCAAGAAAGCUAAUGUACAUUCAAAAAGCCGAUACUGGGGUACAGCUCUUCAUACUGCUGUCAUAAUGAAGUACCUGCCUAUAACUGAGAGUCUAAUAAAUUAUGGGGCAGACGUUAAUGCUCGGGUACUUGUGGACCCUUAUGUGACUCGUUUCCGGUAUCCAGUUAACGAAAAUGAUGAAGAUAUUCCUGAGUUUUUAUUGAAAAGAGACGACGAUGUGAAUAGGACAUUGAUUCUUUAUGAAUUGUGUUUUGCCAAAUCACCAUUACAAAUUGCUGUUGAUCAAAGUAAAGAAGAAAUGGUGGAGCUACUUUUAAAAAGAACUUCUCUACAUUUUGCUGUCAAAUGCCUGAACACGGAAGCAGUAGAAUUGAUCCUUAAUGAUAGUAUGGUUGAUCAAAAUAUAGUGACAGUGUGUGAAAAUUCAGCGCUUCAUUACGCAAUUGAGUUCGCAACCGACGAUACGAUCAUUAGACAACUUCUAAAUGCUGGUAUUGAUAUCAAUUUAAUAAACAGUGAUGGUGAAACAGCUUUUACUUUAAAUCUUAAUAAUUCACCAAAAGUUAAUGACGCAAUUAUCGAACAUAUUGCAAAACUCAGUGCGGCGAAUUUUUAUAUCCAUAAACAAAAUUUGGCAAUCGUAAAUCAAGAACAAUUCGGUAAAUUACGCAUUCAGUGUUUAAGUGAAUUAGAAAAAAUGAAGAUAACAUAUGUUUGUACGAGCAAUGUUACAUAUUAUAAUGUUCUGUGCAAUAAAUGUGAGCACAAAUUGGCUGUUAGUUUAAAGUAUGUUAGUGAUAGUGAUAUUUUUGAUUUGGACAUUCCAUCUCUUUUUCCACUAUACGGUGGAAUGAUAAGUUAUCGUUUAAAAAAAGCAUUAGGACGAAAAAAAAUGUUAUUCAAAGCUAUUAGUUUAACUAACGAUAUUUUCGAUGAAAUCCAACUCCCAAGUACGUUUACAAAGGAUAUUUUUAAAUUACUAACCAAUAAAGACUUGAAAAAAUUACAAUGA